AUGAGAUCAGCUACUGUUUUCAUGGUUUGUUGUAUUCUCAUGUCUUUUAUUCUGAUCAAUGUCAGAGACGUGGAAGCUGGAUUUACUCCAAUGGGUAGCCUAUGCGACGAGAAGGAUAUAUUUAUCGGGAGAUGCGGCCAUGAUGGAAGCGAAAGGUGCAUAAACGACUUUGUUAAGAAAGGAGCCAUCACGCCAUAUAGUUGCGAGUGUAAUAACUUUCGCAAAAAACAUAUAUGCCGAUGUCAAAUUCCUUGUUAG